AUGCGUAUUGUUACCAGGACUUUAUGGGCAACUCCAUUGCAACCGAUACUUAGCAACAGAGCACCGCCCCACAUUCGCUGUGAAAAGGCCUGUGUCAUGUUGCUGGCUAAGAUCCGUGAGAAUAGUGACCCACCAUUGUACACAGACCUCUUCGACUACCAACCAGCUCGCUUGUCUUCUAGAUGCCCUUUAUGCUGUGGUCAACUUCAGACUCUGUCGCAUAUCAUUGUCGAGGGCCCACUUAUUUAUUUCAACGGUGGACUACUGGCUCUCCACCUGGCUGAUGAUGAUGCCAUUAAAUGGCUGGUGAAUAGGGUCCCAGGAAGAGCAGAGGGCAAUCUCAGCCAAGGUGCAUUGGUCCUGCAAGUGGAGAUGACUCUGUCAGUCAGUGUCCUGCUGACCUUGGUGCUGAGUAGCUGUGGUUCCUGGGGACAAGGCUGGCAGUCUAUUAAGUGUGGCUUUGAAAAUGGUCCUGCUCAUGAGUUGAGAAAGUGGCACAGUCUAACACCGGCAGAUCUUCAUAAUCUCAGUGCCCAGUUAAUUGAAACAGAAGUGGAUACACACUUCAGGUCAUAUCUUAUAAAUAUCAGCUGGAGCCUCAGCAUGGAUGCCAGCAUCAAAGAACUGACAGCCACAAAGAUCUGUGUGAUGAGUAGAGGAACCAGAGAACAUUUUGAGUGUAUUCGGUGCAAUUACACAGAGAAGUUUCAAAGUCAAACCAUGUUUGGGAAUAGAAGAUGGCAGUUCCACUACAUUGGAUUCCCUGUAGAACCAGAAAUGUUUUAUUCUAUCAGUGCUUACAACCUUCCCCCAGCAAAUAUAUAUGAGGAUUCUCCAUCAAAAUCCAUCAUGUUAACUUCACCAGGUUGUAAAGAUAAUGUAAUGAAAUACAGCAAAAGUUGCACAGAAGUGGGAAGUCUGUGGAAUCCAAAUAUAACUGCAUGUAAAAUAGAGGCAGAAGUGGAAGUGAAUUUUACCACAAGUAGCCUUGGGACCAAAUAUACCAUACUCCUCUGUGAGUGUGAGAAAUGUGAUGUACCUAUUGAACGGGAUUUGACGACAAAGAUCAAUGAAACUAGAACUUCUAUUAGAAUACCAGUGAGUGAUCAAAGCAACAAUAUUUCUGUACAGAUAAUUCCGUAUUUUGCCAAAUGUGAAUAUGAUUGUCGAAGGCACAAAGGAACCCUAACAACAUGUGUUCAAAACCACAGUAAUGGGACCACCACAAUUGAUUCAGCUGGAAGAUAUGUGUGUUUCAUCCUUAUUGCUUUAUUUGUAACUGUGUGUAUGAUUGCUGCUGCAGUCUUUUUCAGGAACCAUGAUACAAAGAAAAUGUUCUUCCAUCAUGCAGAGCUACAACAACCUGUUAAAGUACUGGUUAUAUAUCCAAAAGAAGUGUGUUUUCAGCAUACUGUCCUGGCUUUUGCUGAAUUUCUGCACAAGCACUGUCAAAGUGAUGUCAUUAUCGAUGUGUGGCAGAAAAGGAGAAUUGCUGAACAAGGCCCCGUACAAUGGCUUGCUAUUCAGAAAGAAAUUGCAGAUAAGAUAAUUUUCCUCAGUUCAAGCUCUAUCAUUACUGAGUGUGAUGCUGUUUGCCACAAAAGCAUAGGAAACCACAAAGAUAACUCUGAGUGUAUGUUCACUCUUGCAUUUAACCUCUUCUGCAGUGACGUGAAAAAUAUAUCUUCUCUGCACAAAUACAUGGUGGUUUCUUUCAAUGAAAUAAAUUCAAAAGACACUCUCCCAAGUGCUCUCAACAGCUGUCCAAAAUAUUGUCUUAUGAAGGACAUUGACAUCUUUUGUAGAGAUCUUUCUAGUUCACAUAGGCAGGCCCAUGGCACAAAUAGAAAAUUAGUGUGUGGCUGGAGAUCUACCACCAAAUGUAUACAAACUGAGGAAUACAAUAUAUUAUGUUCUACAAUAUCAACACAGUCUCAGCAGCAGCAGGAUAUGAUUUUGAAAGGAGUUUGCUUGGGUGAAAUUAAUUCUGGAUAA